AUGCCUACCCCAGUGCCGCGCAAGCGUAAGCGCAGCCCAAACCCCAAACCCACCAGUUCCAGGACCAGUCCCCCACCUCCACCAACUACUUCAACACCAUCCUCAAUACUCAACUCCCCCAGACACCGCGCAACAGCCACGCACGUCUUCUUCCACAGCGGCGUCCUCUCAAAUUGGCACCCGAGCCCAACGCGAUUCCGCGGUAAAGAAGGCCUAGAGAUAUGUCUCCCCCGUCUCGACGAACUGGGUAUUUCCCACCCAUCGCCAGAAAGUUAUUCUACGCUGCUGAUCCAGGAGUUUGGCUUCGGGCGCGGUGAGCAGUGGAUGAUGGCUAUGAAAGCGUGGUUGUUUGAAUGCGGUAUUGAUGACAGCGGGUCGCGGAUGUUUCAAAGGACGGGGACGGUUGAAGACGAGGAGUUUCGGGACUUUCAGCGGGAUGUUCUUUCUAAAUCUGGACCUCCUCCCGAAUCUGCAUCUGCCUCUUCGUCGACGGGGUCUGAUGAGAAAGAACAGGCCUGGGCGGCGAGACUCCCAACCAUCCUCCGAACAAACGUCCCGCGGACGCAAAAAGCCCUAGGCAGAAAGGUGCUAGGGUUCCGGCAGGAUGUAUGGAACGCGGCAUCUGUCCCGAUCAUGAUGGCCGGGUGUGUGAUUCGUGCGCAGGCGGAUCCGGAGUUGAAGAGCUUGUACGUGGCUGCUUCGGGGCGGACAUUCGUUGAGGGUGCUCCGCGGGAUCGAAUCUGGGGCGUUGGGCUGAAGUGGGACUCGAAAGCUAUUGAGGAUGAGAAGAAUUGGAGGGGAGAGAAUCGGUUGGGAAAGUGUCAUGGCGAGGCAGCUGCCCUUAUACGUGGUGUUGAGGGGGAUGGGAAUGACCGGUUGGAUGGGUAG